UAUAUUUCUUUUUGCAGAUAUCUAUGAGAUGAUUUUUUUCUAAGUGCCUGUUUAACGCUUCCUCUUCUGUUGUCCAAUUACUGGCCAGUGUGGUCAGUGAGUGGACGAAACCUGACAACUAAGAAAUGUUUCACCGAAAGUCGUCACAUGGAAGUGACUCCAGAUUCCGACGUCAAAAUUGGGGUUUUACUGAACGUCCACCAACCAGGAAAAGGAAUCUAUGGUUGUGGUGAUCUGACGGUAGAGGGCGUAGAAACGUAUGAAAUACUGCGAUGGGCAGUGUCGUUGCUAAAUCAGGAGAGAGGAGUUAUUAAUGGAGAAAAUAUCACGGAGUCAUUUAUUCCUGGAGUUAGAAUAGGUUUGAAGGUUUAUGAUACUUGUGGCCACCAGGAGGCAGCAGUGAAGCAGAUAACUGAAUGGUUUCCUGAAAUACAGUCUGGUACAUCAGAAUCAUGCUCUACAAAACUUAACACUUCAGAAUUUAUUAUUGGUUUACUGGACACGACAAAGACAACAAAGCAGCCUAAAGUCAUGGAAUCACUUCAGGACUACGUAACACCCAGCAUUUCUCUGGAGUUCAGCGAAACAGUAUCACCAGAUCGUCUUGCAAUGACCACAGCAGAAGUGGCCCAUGACAUGGAAUGGGAGAAAAUCGUAGUUUUUCAUACAGAUGACGAACACAGUCUUCGUGUGGUCCAGAUGCUUGAUCACGUAGCUGUGAGUGGAAAAAUUUGUAUUUCUGAACUGAAGGCUCUACCAUCUGAACAGGAAGUCCCUGAUGACAUAUCUGGACGAAAGUUGUAUCGAAAGUUUCUUGAAGCCGCUGCUGUCAGGUUGGAGGAGAACACGCCAAUAAUCGUGAUUGGUCAUGGUAAGGUUGUUCAACGUCUAGUUCAGGCAAUGGGAGAAAAUCGCCACACAGUCUCAAGGCUGCAAUGGUUCUUUUCGUGGAUCCCUGAUGUAUCAGCUCUUGCCACUUUAGGAAGUAUCUUGAACUUGAAGAACGUUUUCUCCCUCGCUCCCUACCCCCAGGCCAUUCUUCAGCUGGAGAAUUACUGGGCUAAGCUUCAGGAUUCGGGGACCGAGACACAAGAAGAUCGCUGGUUUCGAGAAUACGUUAUGAGAAAGAAUAGGUGCAUAAUUGCAGAUCUGACAGAAGAAGAUUCGAACCAUCGCCCUGUUUGCCCUAACAACGUCCUUCGAGAAUCUCCUGGACAAGUUUUAUUGAGGACAUCGCGAGCAACAUCAAGCGUUCACGCGAUUUUUACGUAUGCACACGCACUACGCAAGGCUUGGGAACUCAAAUGUUUUGGACAUCCUGGAAUGUGUUUGUCUCUCCGACAGAUGUCGCGAGAAGAAUUUGUACUGCAGUACUUAGAACCCUUAGAAUUUACACUUAGUGCUAACAGUAGGAGUCCGCCGGAAAUAAGUGGCCAGAAAUCAAAAGGAAGUCUCCCAGGACAAGUGGAUAAGCUCCAUUUAGGCUUAACAUUGUACACGUUUGACAGAAAGUUGGGAGUAGAACCACGUCAGUUAGUGUUCUACGACACCAUUCGGGCCCACGUGGUCGACAGUCGUUUCGAAUAUUACCCAUCCAAGUGUCCGUCUAAUGGAUGUAGUCAUUGUGUAAAGGUGCGCAAUGGUCGGCUAGAAAAAUCUGCAGGUGAAUCUGAUGGAUUCGUAACGAUUAGCGAAAAUGCAGAUGUGAUAAUUCCAAUACUUUUGCCAAUCCAUAAUUCCGGACUCACUCCAUUAGAGUGUAGCACCUCUAUUAACCAUGGAGCUAUCAAAGAUCUAGAGGCAGCGUUGUGGAUGUUAGACAAAAUUAAUAGUAAUCCACAAUUUAUUCCAGGAAUCAGUUUAGGAGCUGUCGUUAUCGACACUUGCGGUUCGUCUCUGAAAGUUACUCAACGCUUGUUCAGUUUCCUUGCAAAUCAAACAAGAAACUUGGAGGAGAUCAAUAUUUCUUCAGUUUUGGCUGUCGUCUGUUCCACGUCAUCUGAAGUAACUAGUAAAGUAGAAGCCAUAUUAAAUCCUCUAAAUCUCACCAGUGUCGCCACUGUGGAUCUUCUGACUAAGGAGAAAGGGAAUUCUUAUAGUUUACAAAUAGCCAUUCCGGUUAAAGUCAGGGUUAAGGCGAUGAUCGAAACCAUGAAGUACUUUGGUUGGUCAUUUGUAGUUGUUCUUCACAGUACAGAUUACGUCACUCAGUUCGGUAUUCAGACAUUCACCAAAGAAGCCAAGCUCGCUUCCAUCUGUACCGAUAUUCAGAUCUCACUGGAAGAUACGAGUGAUCCUGAAGUAAGAAAAUUCAAAAUAAACAAGGCAAUAAACGAACUUAUAGAUGCCAAAAGGCGAGGUGCAAAAGUAGUCAUUCUUUGGCUUAACAACCAUGAUUCGACCCUGUUCUAUGCUGCACUACAGAGAGCUAUUUCAGAAGGAAUUAUUUAUCGUGGUGACUUUAUUUGGCUAAUAAACGACGGUAGGGGCGAGGAUGUAGUUGAGUUUGGUGAAAUAUUGGCUGGGUCUCUGUUUUUUCGGGAAGAAGAAACAGAAGUCCAAGAGUUUGUGACUUACUUUCGUCAACUUAGGCCAACCGGAAACAAGCGUAAUCCUUGGUUCCAAGAAUAUUGGAAGGAACACAUCAAAUGUACUGGCCCAGAAUGCAUUGCAAAUUCUGGAGUUACCAGCAUCGUCCAAGCUGUAUUGUCGAUUGCUUCAGGCUUAGCUCGCUUCAGAAAUGAGUUAUGUCAUGCCGAAAGGGGGCUUUGUCCUCAUUUACUUCGUCAGCCAUCUUUACGUCACAUACUCAACCAAUAUAUCCGGUACACAGCUUCCGCUAGGCCUAAUCAAAACGAGUCAAUGUUUGUGUUUGCAAAUGAUGGAGUUGGAGAUAUUCCGAUGGGAAUCUUUACCCUAAGGAAAGGGAUCGCCGACACCUAUAAUUAUCAAAAGGUCGGGUUAUUUCAUAAUGGUCUAAAUUUAUUUGGAAACAUGGUAACCUACGGAAGCCAAGGAAAUGAAAUCUCCAUGACACAAAUACCAUCAGAUUGUAAGGUAGACUGUGGUAACUGUGUUAGUCUAAACCCAAAUAUCCUUAGAGUAACCUCUCCAGAUGGACUCUACUUGGCCGCAGCCAUUGGUAUCCAUAAAUCAUCUGCGAAUUUCUUGCAAUGCGGAGAUCUGAAUUCGGACAGUGGGUUGCAGCAGGUGGAAGCUUUCUUGUGGGCUCUGGACCAGAUCAAUAAGAACCCUCGAAUUUUACCCGGAGUUACUUUAGGAGGCGUGGUCUUUGACACGUGCAGCAGUCACGAAAAGACCUCGCAAAGUAUAUUGAACUUUCUUAGCCAGGCAGCACCUGUCCCCAAAUUAGCCGUCACUAAAGAUGGUCCCAGAAACUUUGAGAAUAUAAUGGGGUUUCUUGCUGGUCAGCAAUAUGAUGUAGUGAAGCCUGUUGCCGAUUUUACUGUUCCUCAAAGAAUAACCACAAUUGGACUAGAAGACAGGACCACAGAGUUUAACAAUUUGAACUGGUACGACUACCUCUUAAGACUUUCACUGCCAAAUAACUUGAUAGCGGAUGCUAUGGUCAAGACAUUACAACUGUUUCGCUGGAACUACGUUUCUGUGGUGUAUUCUUACGCCGAUCGUCAAUAUGCAGACCUCUUCCAGAACCUUAAAACAGAAAGUGAGAAACAGCGUAUACAGUUGGCUCUAACAGAAAAAGUGUCAGAUGAAGAUAGUAGCUGGACGUCUCGUGUCCUCCGACGGUUAGACUCUAAAUGGAAAAUUGGAGCCAGAGUGGUCGUUCUUCUAUUGAGAGAUGAGCAUGUGGAACACCUCUUCCAAGGUCUCCAAAUGAUAACCAAAGAGAAGGCUGAUGCAGUUGGUCAAUACGUGUGGGUAACUUAUGACAACCUCAAAGUGUUCCAGCGUUUUCCGGAACAAGUAAAUGGCAUCCUUUCUAUCCGACCAAUGACAAAUAUCAUCCCUGCUUUUCGAGAAUAUUUUCGAGAUUUGGAUAUUGGGAAGAACUCCAGAAAUAUCUGGUUUCGAGAAUAUUGGGAGCAAGUGUUUAGAUGCAGAGGAGCGGCCUGUUACAAUGGACUCCAGAGUAGCUUACAAGAUAUUCCUUUCGUCCAGGAUCCUGGUGUGGCCAACGUGGUGGGAGGUGUCUUCGCCUUAGCCCAGAGCUUGGAAGCAGCAAGAGUCAGACUCUGUCCAGGGAAGCUUGCAGGAACCUGUCCUCAAAUGAAAGAGAAUAUUGAGCUAAGAGAAAUGAUCUUAAAUUUAACCAAGUCAGCUCGAGUUGAAGGUAGAACACAAAAUCGGUUAUUCACGAGAAACAAUUAUGGCACAGAACAACUGGAAAUAUUGACUUCCCACCAAGUAGGGAGAAGCGCCCCGAGUUUUAUGAAGAUUGGGAGUUAUACGGAAGCAGAAGGCUUGAACGUGAACGUAAGCAGAUACAACAACAACAACAACGGUCAUGAAAGUAAUCCUCUGAUGGUGACCUCCAGCUGUCUGGACAACAAUAAGUGUGGUGAAGGAAUUAUUUUCCGACUGUCAUCAACAAUGAAGCGCAUUUCAGUAAACAAUAAUUACGUUUUAACCUCAUUAAUGUCCGUCCACCGGAAAGGGGAGACGUUCUUCUCGUGCGGAUCACUGAAUCUAAAGAGUUUUCAGAACCUUGCGGCGUUGAUAUUUGCCGUGGAUGAGAUAAACAACAACAGUCGUCAAAGAACUGAGGAAUAUCUUGGUUUGGUCGUUCUAGAUGAUUGUGGCAGGGUUCAAAGAGCUGAGGAAAAACUGUUCCGUUAUUUAGAUGAAGAAAGUGAAGAGAGACUUAGAAGAUCUCCCCCAAAAUCCCAAAAUGUCGUUGCAGCUUUAACCUUCAACCACCAGGUGGCCAUCAACGUAUCACCUCUUCUGCAAGCAAAUUUAAUCCCUCAGGUAGUUACAUCUACCACGUGGUCAAACGUCAGCAAAGAAUUGAUUCCAUCAAUCUCGUCACCCCCGAAGUUACAAAUGUCGGCUGUGGUGGCGCUGUUGGUAAAACAUGACUGGAAGUACGUAUAUGUCAUUCUAACCAAUGACGCGUUUGGGAAGGAAGCCAAUGCGGAGUUUUCGACAGUUGCUAGGAAACACAAAAUCUGCAUCGCAGAAUCCAUAAGCAUUGAUAUUGACAACAGCGUAGAAGACCUUUCAAAAGAGUUAAGUGUGUUAUCAGAUCCAAAUGUCAAAGUUGUUGUUCUGCUGAUCAAAACCGCCGAGGCAACGCAAGUAAUCUUACAGGCUGCUGAUAGAUCGAACAUUCUUGACCGUUAUGUUUGGAUCAUAACCGAAGGCUGGAAUUCUGAACAUUUAACUGAAAAUGCUAUGAAAAAUAAGACGAUGAACGCUUUAGUAGUGAAGCUGGAAAAUCGUGACAUUCAGGAAUUCCGUCAGUUUCUCGCCCAAAUGACGUUGGCUAGACACGACCGGAUUCCUGAUUCGUGGUUUGAAGAGUUUUGGCAACAUCACUUCCGGUGUCGCCUGCUCAGCAGCUUGAUUGUUCAGCGUCAAUACCCGGAUGUCUGUAGUGGUCAGGAACGAUUUACUGACCUGCGACAGGACCAUCAGGUUUAUCACACCAUCACGACCGUAAGAGCCAUAGGACGUGCACUUCGUUCUUAUAUAGCCAAAGGAUGUAGUCUGUUUUCAAACACAACAACCUGUGAAGGAAUCGGAGAGGCAAUCGGUAAAGCUUUGCAGGAUCUAGAGGGCGCGCGCGAAGAUCUCGAACACGGGUCUGUUUUCGGGUAUCAGAUUUUUAAAGUUCAGAAUGAUGAUGGAGAAUUUUUCCAUCGUGAGAUUGGACUAUGGAAAAACUAUAACCUUGACCUCUACGAGGCCUACGUGACCUCCUACGGCAAUAUUCCUACAUCAGUGUGCUACGGUAGCUGUGAGAAGUGUACAUACGACACAGACCGUGACGAAAGCGUGGUCCACAAAGUCCCAGUUUACAGAAACUUCAAUACUGUUUGGGGGAUAAUAGUCACAACCCUAUCUCUCUUCGGUAUCUGCACGGUGGUUGUAUGCAUCCUCUACUUCCUGGUAGCGUUUCCGGUUUCAAACGGGAACACAGUCCUCGGGUACGUCAUUUUAUUCGGAAUCCUCGUUCUGUACGCAGUAAACUUUGCUUUCAUCCUCUUGCCAACGACUUAUACUUGUGGUAUACGUCUGUUUGUCACGAGCAUGGCGUACACAUUCAUCGUUUCUGGGAUGUUGGCUACCGUAAUGAACGCUUGGAAGUUGACGGACAAGAAGAACGGAAGGAGUCUCAGCGACAGAUCUCGCUUCAACACUCCAACUAGCCUACUGAUAAUGAUCGUGGGCCUGGUCACUAUUCAGGUCUUACUGACCACAGCCUGGCUAGCGUUGCGACCUCCUCAAGCUGGUGAAUACAGCCAGGUCUGGAGAUGUUCCCCUCCAUCUACUUUCGAGAACGAGCUGGUUAUCUCUUUGGUAUACGUGAUUCUGCUCUUGGCAUUUUCCAUUUUUUUCUCCAUCUUAACAUGGAAAUGCUCAGAUGGCAACAGGGAACCCCGUUGGAUACUUCUUAGUUGUGCUGUAAUAAUUUUGGUCUGGCUUGCUUGGACUGUUGUCUCCAGCCAUCUACACCCAGAAUAUCGAGACCUCACGAUCGUUGUGGCCAAUUUAGCGUGUGCCACUGUUGUGAUGUUGUGUUUGUAUCUACGCAAGGUGUGUCUCUACACUAAGUUUACAAAGCAAGAGUGUAACAUUAAGGCGAGGCUCCAGUCACCAAAGAAACCCCGCCCUAAGUAUGGAGCUUUUCAGAAAGAAGGCGUGGUUUAUGGUUCCAGAAUGUCUCUUCACAAAAUGAUGUAUGGCGGGGGACCGUUUUUUCGGCGGACGUUUACAAACGUGACGCCAGAUGGCGUUAACUCAAACUCAAAUCAAGCACAGGUAACCGAUUUAUAUCCUCUGGAGAUGUACAGUGGUAGCAGUCAAUUUCCAACAGGUGGCGCUGUAAACGAGAAGGAAAUGCUGGCGUUGGGAUACAAGAUGACUAUUCCGAGCACAAAGCUGUAGAAUGGGCUAUCUACGGUGUGUCCUACAACAGGGAUCGAAACUCGAAUUUUAACGUUAUAAGCCUUCAAGCUUACCAGCGAGAACACAUCAGGAGGAGUGUCAAGUUUGAAGAAUGAUUAAGGAAUGAAAAUGGAGAGAACAUUUACAAGAGAGGACUACUAUGCAGCAUAUUUUAUCCCAACCAACUGUUUUCGAUCUAAAGUGAUUCUCCAACACUGUUACACCUGUCACACAGAAAAUGGAUGCCUAUUUGUUUGAAAUGAUUUGUUUUUUUUAUUAAUAUAAUCGACUGUUGUUUUUUUAAUUGUUAAUGAGAAACAACAAACCAAAGAGUGCACUUUAAACUCAUUAAAAUAACAUCUUUUUCAAAAAAAAAAAGUAAAACUGUUUAUUUAAUUAUUACCUCCACCACCGAAGGUGACAGAGGUUAUGUUUUCCCCCCUCUGUGUGUGUUUGUCAACAAGAUUUCUCGAAAACGGCUGAAUGGACUUGAACAAAAGUUUGUAUACUUUUAGAAUAUGACCCAACUUAGAAGUGAUUAGUUUUUUUGGAGGUUUAUGGUCAAAGGUCAAGAUCACAGCAAUGUCACUAAAAUCCCCAAAAAAAUCCCUAUCUGCUAACAUAGGGACCAAUUUUUCACACAAUUUUUGCUUUAUAACUCAGUCAAAAAUGAUUAGAUCUUGAUGAAACUUGGUGCAUAUGUGUAGAAUUUUAUUCCUCAUUGUCCUGCCAAGAAUGGUCCCAUUAUUAAUGAUAGACACAUGGACACAUUUUCGUAUUUUGUGAGAGCUGAAUAUGAUCAAUGCUGCAUGGUGGAGGUAUACGCUCUACUGAGUGUCCUUUCAAUUGUGCGAUUGUUUUGAUAUAUUUGAAAACAGCUUUUUUUCAAAAUGCCUUCUAUUAUUGUUUUGCCAAUAAAAUGUUAAACUUUUAAGUGGAAUUUGAAAAUUUGUAAAGUUAAAAACUUUUCUUUAGAUGUAUUAUAAUCUUCCCUUGCUUCAGAACUGUAAAAAACCUUUUUAAGUUGUCGUUUAUUUGAACACAAAUGUAUUUAAAGGGGACACCACAGUAUUUUCCUUUGUAUACUUACUAAACUUUAAGCUUUAAAAUAUGGUCAAACAUUUUGUGUAAGUACAAUGAAAUUUUAAUAUGCCACUCACUAAUCAUAUGAAAUCAGUAAGAGGUCAAAACUGAACGGAGAUUGGCUCCUACUGGACAUUUCAAGUACCCAUGAAUGGUGGACCAAGUUUAAAAACUAUCAUUCAUACAUGCCAGCUGUUUUCGACUGCAUGUGAAUAUAAUCAAUGAAAACGUUUUGGCAAAGGAGCAGAAUAAGUGGGGCGGAAACCACUCGGAUUUCAGGUUAUAUAGAAAUGGUAUCACAUAACCAAAGUAAUUGUAGUCAGUAUAAGGAUUCAACUUUUUUGAAACUUAAUAAGAAGUACAUAAAAUUUACUGUCAUAAACAGGUUCGUUUGGUAUCUAAACUUGAAACCCUGCCAUAUUAUAUUUAAGCUUUUUUUUUAUAUAUUAUAUAUUUUGAGUUUUAGUUCCUAUAAUAUCUUCUAAGAACAAUUCUUUAUAAUUUCCUUUUUCUUUUCAUGGUUGCAAAAAUAAUGGCCAAUGUUGUUGUUUUUUUACUUGAAGGUGUUAAUCUGUACAAACAUUUUUUUUCCUUUGUCAUUUGAAACUGCUUAACUUGUAUAAACUUUUUGUACCUUGUCAUUUGAAACUGUUAAUAUGUACAAACGUUUUCUAUUUUGUCAUUUGAAACUGUUAAUCUGUACAAACUUUUUUAUUAAUUUUAAUAUCAAUAAUCUUAAACAUACAUAAUUCCAGGUUUUAUUUUUAUUUUUAGGAAGUACGAUAAGUUAAAGGACCAUGUACUAUCUCUAAUUAUAUUUGUGUAUUAUAUAAAUUUUUUUCAACAAUUAUCACAUUAACAAAAAUGAA